AUGGAAUUCAUCUCGAAGCAGGCCAUCCAGCGGACUGAAGAUCAAGACACCGCCAAGAAGCCACCCCAGAAUGUCAUAAGGAUUAACAUAAUCCUAGCCGACGCCAAGGAGUCAGAGCUGACCAGCAAGGAAAAGAAGAGGAAGAUCAAACAUGCCACCAUGAUCUCCCAAGUCUCGACUGACUUUCCACCAGCAGAAGAUGAUCCUGUAAUCGGCUUUCAAAAGAAAGAUCUGAUCGGUCUCGAUGUGCCACAUAAUGACGCCCUUGUCAUCAUCAUUCAAAUCGCUCAGGCCAUGGUCAACCGAAUCCAUGCAGACGAGGGCAGCGCAACCAAUAUCCUACAACUGGCGGUCAUCCAGCAGAUGGGCCUAGAGACAAAGAUCAACAAAUCAGCAAGAUCGUUGACCGGCUUUAAUGGUGCAAUAACAGUUACCGUGGGCACGAUAGACCUCGACGUCUACUCCCCGCCUGUAGUAAGCUUGCAAACAUUCAUGGUCAUUGAUGAAGUCUCACCAUACAACGGCAUUCUGGGCAGAGCAGCGACCUUUAACUGA